UUCUUCACCCUUCAUUUUCAUGUUGAUAUGGGACAUCUGAAUAUCACCUUGGCGAUUCUGUGUCACCAUAUUUUCAAACCAGAUGGUCCGCGGCAAAAUCCUCAUCUGCAUCCAUUCUUGUGAAUUUUAUUCAAAUUGUGUCUUUGUUAUAAAUCAUGAGAGUGAGAGGGGCCUGAAUACUUCGGAGAGUAAGCAAAACCAUGUGAAACUUCAUGUGCAAUUGUCUCUCGCCAAAUAUUUGGAUAUGAACUUAUCGUUAACUUGUGUGUAUAUAUUAUACACACAUACUAGAUCCAGACUUGCAACAAAAUUCACUUGCUGUGUAUUUCUAAAAAUCCUUCACCCUUUCUUUAGGUCAUCAUAUAAAUUUUAAAGUUACAAAGUAUCUCACUAUGGGUAUCAAAAUGACUCCCGUUAUUCAAGCUACUAGAAUCUUGAGGAUGUUUUCGAAUUCCGGAGGUGUUCCCAACGGUCAUUGUUCAGUAUAUGUAGGAGAGACCCAGAAGAAGAGAUUCGUCGUGCCAGUUCCAUACUUGAGCCAGCCUCUAUUUCAAGACUUAUUAGCUAAAGCCGAGGAGGAGUUCGGAUUUGAUCAUCAGAUGGGUGGACUUACAAUACCUUGCAAAGAGGAUGUAUUUGUUGAUCUUACUUCCCGGUUGAGGAGCUCGUGAGUAGGAUCAUAGCGAAAAAAACUUCAACAAAUUUUGUAAAAUAGUAGGAAAGUUCACUGUAUUGUUCAGAAACACAAGAAUAGACAACGUUCUACUUCUGAUUAA